AUAAACCUCUUCCCUUCUCCCCAUUUCCCCACCUCAGAAUCAACCCUCAUAUCCUUCUCCAUCACUGCACUGUUUCUUUCUUUCUUCUCAAGUUCGGUAUUAAUUCAGAUGGAGAAGAGCGACGCGACAACCAUUGAAAUUGGAGAAACAAGCAGGGAAAGAAAAGGGAAAGCCCCCCUUCUGGGGGCUGCUGAGAAUGCAAGGGCCGCCGGCUACAGAAGGGGCGUUGCCAUUUUCGACCUCAUCCUCCGUGUGAGUGCUGCCGUCGCCGCUUUGGCCGCCACAAUCACCAUGGGAACCACCGAACAGACUCUACCCUUCUUCACCCAGUUCUUCCAGUUCCAGGCCAGCUACGACGACCUCCCCACUUUCACGUUCUUUGUCAUAGCAAUGUCAAUAGCAACUGGGUACCUUGUUCUCUCCGUGCCAUUCUCGAUAGUCUGCAUUGCUCGCCCUCAAGUUACAGCGCCCAGACUUCUCCUAAUUCUCUGCGACACUUUGACACUGACUCUGACAACUUCAGCCGCGGCGGCGUCGGCAGCGAUAGUGUACCUGGCGCACAACGGGAACUCGGGCGCGAAUUGGCUGGCGAUAUGCCAACAGUUCACGGAUUUCUGCCAGAGGGUCAGCGGAGCGGUGGUGGCGUCGUUCAUCUCGGUGGCUCUCCUCAUUUUUCUGGUGGUGCUUUCCGCUCUCGCCCUACGGAAACAUGGAUGAGAACGGCCGUGUUCUUGAUUGGAAUUGAUGAAUUUGGUUGUAGUAAUUUUCUCAAACAGGUUGAUGAUUGAUUUGGGUUCUGUUGGUGAGGUAAUCAUUCUUGAUUUCUAGGCCAGGAAAGGGACAAAGGCAAUCAAAUGUCAAAAUUUGUAUAUUUUCCCAUAUUCUCAAUGCAAAUCAAUAUAUGUUCUUCGGGA